UAGAAUAUGAUCUAUGACUCGGGCGAAGUCAUCCCUAAAUUCCUAUUUUCAAUAUUUAUAAUUUACUGAUUUUGGAAGAACCACGUUAGGUUUGGCAAAGAUGGCUAGUUUUUUUUUGUUUUAUGCCUAGUGCAGUCAUGCAAUAAUAGAUGGUUGGGUUAUUUGGGUAGUUCGCCUAGUAUGUGCAGUUGCGAAGAAACUUUGUUGCCAAACCCAAUGUGUUAGCGUGUUAGCAAAGUAAACAUUGUUUUCAAAACAUUCCCGGAAGCCUUUGCAGAACAGGCUUGGUAUUAUCCAAGAACAUAAGCUUCCCCAAAUUUUAAAUUUUAAAAACUUUGCUGUUUUGUGUUCGUCACAGCAAUGGAUGGUGCUGUAGCGGAUAGAUCUCGAUCUUCCAAGUGUAGUAUAGAUAAUCAAAUAAGAAAGAAAAAAAAGAAGAAAGAUAAGAAAACAUCUCGAAGAAAGCAUUCUAAAUCGAACAGCCGUAAACGUCAUGUCUCUACUUCUUCGGAAUCUUCUAGUGGCUCGAGCUGUAGCUCAGAAUCAAGCAAAGAAGAGAAAGCAAAGAAAAGGAAGAAAAAGAAUAGAAAAACCAAAUCAAAGAAAGAAAAAACCAAGGAAGAAGCUAGUAAUAGCAAAACUGUAGUUGAGAAAAAACCAUUAACUGUUCCUGAGCAUGCAGUUAAACUACCUAUUCCAGAUGUUGGACCACAUAUCGACUUAAAUUCAUCAAAAGUUAGAGCUCCAAUGACUAAAGAAGAAUAUGAAAAACAACAAAACACGCUGAAAAGGGUAGUAGAUCCUGAAACUGGGAGGAAAAGGCUGAUCCGUGGUAGUGGUGAAGUGGUGGAAGAAAUUGUCAGUAGAGAAAGGCAUCAAGCUAUUAACAGAAAAGCUACAAUUGCAGAUGGUAACUUUUUCCAGGCUCAGGCUAACUUGAAGGCUAGAUCAUCUUAUGACUGAUUUUUUUUUUCUUAUCUUGUUAUAAGCAUAAAAUAAUUGUCUUUAUGAGAUGGCAUAAUUGAAUAAAGAUUUUACUCACA